AUGUUAGUAGUAGAGAAAAUUACCGAUUUAACUCCAGUUAAAUUUUUAAAUGUGGAAGGACAAAUUCCUGAGAACAUUAAUUUAGCAGAUGAUACUUUUUAUGUUCCAGGUCCCAUUGACUGUUUAUUGGGUGCGGAAAUUUUCUAUGAAUUAUUACGUAGCGGGCAAAUAUAUUCUGAAAAUUCUAAUCUUAUUUUCCAAAAUACAGUGUUUGGAUUUGUGGCUUCAGGUAGUAGUACUUGUGUAAAUAGUGAGUUAAAGGUACAUUGUGGAUUAAUUAAGGAAGGAGAUUUAAAUGAUACCUUAAGAAAAUUUUGGGAAUUAGAAAAUGUUGAUUUAGAGCGAACCAAAAAUAAAGAGGCAGUUUUGUGUGAGGAACAUUUCGUGAAAACGCAUUCAAGGGAUGUUGAGGGCCGGUACAUAGUUAAAAUGCCCCUUAAAGAUGAUCCGAAAUGUUUAGGUGAAUCAAGGGACAUAGCUCUCAAACGUUUGGAUGCUCUGUGUAUUAGGUUAGAGAGAGAUCCUCAAUACCUAAAAUUAUACAAAGAUUUCAUACACGAAUAUGAACAUUUAGGACACAUGAAAGAAAUAAUCACUGAGGAGGAUAAUUCAGAGAUAAGAUAUUAUAUGCCACACCAUGGCGUAUAUCGACCACAAAAAAGUACCACUAAAUUGAGAGUGGUCUUUAAUGCGUCGAAUCCGACAAGUAAUGGAUUGUCACUCAAUGCGUUGCAAUAUAACGGAGGACUUGUGCAAGAUGACUUAUUUGCAAUAAUGCUAAAAUUCAGAGAGCAUCCUUAUGCCUUUACGGCCGAUGUUAAAAUGAUGUAUCGUAUGAUACUCAUGCACGAGAGCCAGCAACCAUUGCUCAGAAUUUUAUGGAAAGAGAAUCGUGAUGAUCCAGUAAAAACGUUUGAGCUAAAAACAGUGACUUAUGGGACAGUGAGUGCUCCCUUUUUAGCAACAAGAGUACUGUUGCAACUAUCUAAAGAUGAAGAGAAAAGCUUUCCCUUAGCAGCACCAAUUCUUAGACAGAACUUUUACAUGGAUGACGUUCUUUGCGGCGCAUCUUCUUUAGAGGAAGCUAAGGAACUGAAGAGUCAACUUUCUGGUAUAUUGGCGAAGGGAGGAAUGCAGCUUCAUAAGUGGUCCAGCAGCCACUUAGAACUGGCUUCAAAUAUCGAUGGAGGGUAUGACUUUGAAAAUCUCAUCGAGACUAAGACGUUAGGAGUGUCCUGGAAGUCACUAGAGGACUGUUUUGUUUUCAGAGUUGCAGUCGAUUUAAAGAAUUCUUACAACAAGAGAUGUGUUCUUUCAACUAUUGCUAGACUUUUCGACCCACUGGGACUACUUGGUCCAGUAGUCGCAAAAGCCAAAAUCUUCAUGCAGAGCCUUUGGAGUCUUAAAAUUGAUUGGAUGGAUGAGUUGCCACCUGAAAGAGCCAAAGAAUGGCACCAGUUUCUUGAAGAUUUCAAGAGUAUAAACAGUAUCUGUAUUGAAAGGUGUAUUGUGCAUCCGCAUGCGACGAGGAUUGAAUUACACGGUUUUGCCGACGCUUCAGAAAAGUGUUACGGAGCAGUGAUAUACUGCCGUUCUUAUUCGUCAAACGGCAUACCAACAGUGAAACUCGUGACGAGCAAAAGCAGAGUUGCACCCGUGAAAAGUGUCACAAUACCGCGGCUUGAGCUGUGUGCCGCCGUCCUCUUGUCAAAGCUGAUGAAACGAGUUGUGAUUGCUUUACAAGUUGAUUCACCUCCAACGUACAUGUGGAGUGAUUCAACAAUCGUUUUAGCAUGGAUCCAAAAAGACCCUAACAUGCUAAAGACCUUUGUGGGAAAUCGAGUUUCCACCAUUCAACAGCUGACCUCUGCAGAACAGUGGCAUCAUGUUCCCUCGUCUCAGAACCCGGCUGACCUCAUUUCCAGAGGUCUCGACCCAUCAAGCCUGCACCACAGUUCAUUAUGGUGGACUGGACCUCCAUUCUUGUCCACUGAGGACAUGUCUUCCAGUGAGCCACCACCAGUGAGUUCCAUUGAAGAGUUCCAAUCCGAGUUAAAGACAAACCAGAGAGUGAUACAACAUGAACUAGAACGUUUAAAAUUUAGUGACUCUAAUAACUUUGUUUAUCUUAAUGCUAAAGUGAACAAUUUUGUGCAUGAUAUAAUUGGUUUAACUAUUGAAUUAAAGGAAUCUGAAAUGAAGCUCCUUAAAAUUAUUCAAGAGGAAGACUUUCACAAGGAAAUCAAGUCUCUCAAGGUAUCAGGUUUUGUCAAUACUGACAGUCAGGCUAAACCUGUUACUUUAGACCAGAUAAUGGGAGAUUUGCCGAGAGAUCGAGUAACACCUAACUAUCCAUUCAAUAACAUUGUGACCAGUCUGGGUCAUUUUGGCACUUAUACUUAUGUUGCUUUACUGACUCCGUAUAAGAAACCUAUGGUGCGAUACUCUCUUGACGCCUAUAUCUUCCAUCCAAUCCCUGCAGUCCCAAAUCAAAACCACCUUCAUGGAUGGGAAGUUGAGGACUACCAUACCAUAUAA